GCCACUGAAGUACCCUGCUAACCUGAUGGGAAGGAUCUCAGCCCGGCAUCUCCUGGGCCUCCAAUGAGCAGGACUGUACACAGCACAGCAUCGCAGCUGGGAGAGCAGAGGGUACAAGCAUGUCCCAACAAAGACUCAUCCGGCUGUCUACCCAGCAUCCUACCAGCGCUGUCUAUGUGCUAGGCACAGAAAUCUCCAUUGACAUAUACGGCUCAGCCCCAAAGGAUGCCAUGUGGUUUGAUGCCCGAGGAAGCCCUGGCAUCGACGUCUACAUUGUCCACACCCCUCAGCCUAUGCAGAUGCCAACAAGCGAGCCCAGAUGGCCCCUCGGUGCCGAAGCGGAGGUGGUGGUGACUAUGGGGAGGCCGAGCGACGAUGUCGGAGAUCAUAAGGUUCGGAUACUGUACUAUGGGAAGGAUGUGCAGACUCCAUUGCAGAAAACCAUGCUGUACCUCACCUGUGUCGAAGUGUCCCUGGAGGCUGACACGACUCGCAGUGGGACAGUGCAGAAGAAAGCGACAGAUAAGAGAAAUUGGACUUGGGGGCCAGGUGGGCAAGGAGCCAUUUUGCUGGUGAACUGCGACAGGGAUGAGCCAACGUCUGAAACCAUGGACAACGAGGAUAAUAGCGUGCAAACUUGUAAAGACCUCAGGGACAUGUCACUCAUGGUCUUGAGAACUCGAGGCCCGGCUGCAGUUUUUGCUAAUCACAAGUUGGUUCUCCACGUUUCCGGGUCCGACGCUGAUAAAGUAGGAGUCUUCUAUGCUCACAGCAAUGAAUUGGUUGAGCAGCACACACACGUCCUAGGACCGGAGAAGCUCUUCUACGUGGUGGAGCAUGCCUGUGGCGAGGAGGAGCACACGUUCUACGUGGAAGGGCUGGCCUUCCCAGAUGCCGACUUUUCAGGGCUGGUUUCCUUCCACACCACAAUGCUGGAUACCUCACACAAGAGUCUCCCCGAGACCCCGAUUUUCACAGACACCGUCGUUUUCCGCGUGGCGCCCUGGAUAAUGACCCCCAACACUCUGCAGCCCCUGGAGAUCUACGUCUGCAGUGCCAGCGACAACACCGAUUUUGUCGAGGCCAUAAGCAACCUUGCCCAGAAAACCAGGUGCAGGCUGACCAUCUGCCCAGAGCUGGAGAACAAGGGUGACCGCUGGAUCCAGGACGAGAUGGAAUUUGGCUACGUGCAGGCUCCCCAUAAGACAUUCCCUGUGGUCUUCGACUCUCCCAGAAACAGGGAGCUGAAGGACUUCCCCAUCCAGAGCAUCUUGGGCCCCGAUUUUGGCUACGUGACUCGUGAACCUCUGAACAGAGGAAUUUCCAGCCUCGACUCCUUUGGAAACCUUGAAGUCAGCCCUCCCGUGAAGGUCAAAGGGAAGGAAUAUCCCUUGGGGAGGAUUCUUAUUGGAAGCAGCUUCCCCAGGGUUGGCGGCAGGAGGAUGACCAAGGUUGUCAGGGACUUCCUCUACGCCCAGAGGGUGCAGGCCCCGGUGGAGCUCUUCACAGACUGGCUCUCCGUGGGGCACGUGGAUGAGUUCCUGAGCUUUGUCCCGGCCCACGACAGACAGGGAUUUCGGCUCCUCUUAGCCAGCCCCAGCGCCUGUUACAAGCUCCUCAAAGAAAAGCAAGAAGAGGGCCAUGGAAAGGCCCAGAUGUUUGAGGGCCAAGAGAAAGUUCCCAAGAAAACUAUAGAAGAAAUUCUGGCCGAUGAAACCCUCAGGAAGGAAAAUGAUUACUUUCAGAGUUGUAUCGACUGGAACAGGGACAUCCUGAAACAGGAGCUCGGCCUGAGUCCGAAGGACAUCAUUGAUAUUCCACAGCUCUUCAAUAUGAAGGACAAGCAAGCCGAGGCCUAUUUCCCAGACAUGGUGAACAUGAUUGUCUUGGGGAAGGACCUGGGCAUCCCCAAGCCUUUCGGACCUAUCAUCAACGGGCAGUGCUGCCUGGAAAAGAAGGUCCGCUCCUUGCUGGAGCCGCUGGGCCUGACCUGCACCUUCAUCAAUGACUAUUUCACCUACCACAAGCUGCUCGGGGAAGUCCACUGUGGCACCAACGUCCUCCGUAAACCCUUCUCCUUCAAGUGGUGGCACGUGAUCCCCUGAGCAGGGGGCAUUAAAUGCUGACCUGCUUCUCAGCACUUUACAAGGGAGCGGAAGAUCAACUCACAUUUUCCAAGAGUUUGCUUCACCCAGUGCCGGAUUUGUACCUAUAGUAAAAAAAUACCACUUUCUACGGGAGCCCAAGGGUUACAGACCCUGCUGCGAAAGCCCCAGCUACUCCUGAGCCCGCUGCCUUUCAUCCCAACCGUGCUGCACACGUCGGGCCCCUGACAUCACUCCCAGCCAGCUGCCCGAUUGUCCCCUUCCUAGAUUGACUACCUCCCACCAGUUUGUCUUGCCAUGGAAACUCAUGAGAUCUUUAAAAUCCGGUGUGAUCUCAUUUAUUAUCACUAAUUCAGUGCCUCGGUUGCAGCAUAGUAUCAGAAUAGCUUACUUGUAUUUAUACUCAUAUGCAAAAUAGAAAAGCGUUAUUAGCCCCAUUUUACUGAUGAGGAAACUGAGGCUCAGGUUCUCAAAGCUGUCGAGGUGCCCUUGGCUCAUGGCUUUUGAGGAUCUGCGUCUUAGCAAGUUCCCAAGUCUCACAGGCAACAGGCCAGACUUGGAAACAAAAUAAAAUGUCGUGUCCCGGUUCAGCCAUCCAACCGGGGGAUUUUCUUUCCAUUUUGUUGCAACUCUCAAGUCGUCGUCUUGCUACGGAUUGGAGCGAAACCAAAAUAUGUCACAAAAGUAGGGCCACCAGGUGCCCCUACACUCUUCCACCGAGUGGUUAAGCUACUGGCCUGGGAUGAGGAAGAUGCAGGCUCAGUGCCGUUGUCCGAUUCAAAGCAGGUUUUCAUUUCAAAUCACGCAGAUUCAGCACAGCUUAAAACCACGUCUCCCACAUGCCAAGCCAGUGACCUUACUACCAGCAACUUCUUGCCUCCCUCAUUCCCUCCCCCCACUUUUUUUUAGCUUUUGCAAAACAGCCGAAUUGCUUGAAACGGGCCCAUACCGCAAGCCCACACUUCUGCUACCAAAAGGUGCGUUCAGGGGAGCCCUGAUGUCAGCACCCGUUUUUCACCCUCGCUGCUCCGUGAAUGGCCUUUAAGAGCUGCAAUUGUUCAAGCUUGGUCUUAGCACAAAUAUGAAGAUUUAAAAAUCUUUUUUUAUCAUGAAGAACUCUUGGUCCUUAGGGCUGCUGCUGACGGUUUUGAUGGUGACAAAUAAAUGUUGCUGCUUUUCCCAACUUGGAGGCCUGGCACGGCUAUAUCUCAACCGCAGACUUGAGUCUAGGGGGUGGAAAUCUGUUUGGCCAGAAGAGCGCCGAGCUGCUGGCAGCUGACCCCCGAGAAGUAUUAUGUUAAGUCUGAGAGCUCUCACUUCACCGUGCACUUAAGCUUUGAAAAGCAAACACUUUUCACUGCCAAUCCAUAGAUACUAGUCAACCUCCCCCUCCUUACAACAUCGCAGCUCAACUUCCUUGCCUUUGCCAAGGGGAGAGAGGGGUGCUCUUACCUGUGCCAGCCGGCCGACAGGUCAGUCCUAGUGACGAUCAGGACCUUUCCCAUAUAGCACAACUCAUCUUCACCGAGCACUGGGAUGGGGUAGCAGAGGGGACUGUGCAUAAUUAAGCCCUCUUGUUCUCUGGUUGUGCUUGGCAAGAAUAAGGGAUUUAAUAUAAGAGCUACCGGUCCUUGAAAGCGUCCAGAAAACAGCACAGGAUGCCUUGGAUGGAUUUCCCAGUGCCGCCGCUUCUGCAGGGCUGUGCAACACGAACAGCAAUUGCCCUGGACUGGAUUCCCCUUGGACGCUCCUUUUGAUCCUUCAGCUGGUGAAUCCCGAUUUGCAUCAACAGGAGGAAAGACUCCCUCCCUCCCACAUGCAUUUUGGAAGAGACCUGGGAGAGGAAACUGGGGUUUGAUUGUAGCCGUGUUGGUCUAAGGACACAGGCAGGCCAGGGUCUUUGGGUUAACGUGAUCUCUUUUAUUAGAGCAACUUAGUUGGAAAAAAGUUCUUAGCAAGCUAGACUCCCUAUGCCUGGGAGAGGAAAGAUGCUGGUGAUGAUGCACUGCUGCCCUCUGAUGGCAGAUGGCAUGUGGGGCUCACCCUGGGCUGCAAGCAGGAGGAGCAGGCUCUGGUUCGUCCCAUGUUGAAGCUGGACGUGUGCGGGCUUUAGGGAGAUUCAUCCAGCCCAGUCAAUCCAAGUUGCAGUGCAGCCAGGGCAUACCUCCCUCGUCUCUCCUCCCUCUCUCAUCAGCCUGGAAAGUUCAUUUCUGUCCCACUGACUUUUCUCCUUCUCCAUCUGAUCCAUCCCCACCACAGUCCUGCUGCGAGCUGGAGCUGCCUCCAGAAGCAGCAAGCUCCCAGGAGUGGCUUGUCCCCUGCCAGCAUUUCAUGCCAGCUGCCAUCCUCCCUUGCACCGCAGGGUGCAUUGGGUCAGCUGCUUGGCCCACCACCGGAUCCAAGCAGCUUCCUAUGGCUUACGGGGUGCACACCUCCAAGACAUGCAAGCACAAGCCAUGCUUAAGUGUCUCAGUGAUGCAGCAACCCUCUUCUCCAUCUUGAGCAUCACGAUCACUCACAUCACCCUGAGAAAACCGGCUCUCUGACGACACUAAGCCUUCUACAGAUGGUGCUGCAAUAGGCCCACAGGAGCUACCAGGCUGGGCCAGUGCAUCUAAGACCAGGAGCCUGCCUGAAACACAAGCCAGAAACAAAUGAUUCCCAGGUGGAGGUAUGAAUCCCUGCAAUGGGAAAUCUCAAUCAUCAUGUGGCUGCAAGGAACUUUUCCUUCCUUUUCCCGAGGUGCUGGGCUUGUACCCCAAGUAGGGCUGGCAAGCCGGACAAAUAUUGUUAAUGGACUGGUCAGUUCAUAGACAUCAGGGCUGGAAGGGACCUCACGAGAUCAUUGGGUCCAGCCUGCUCCAGGCCCAGGAAGUCAGCAAGGGUGGUUGGGGGGGGGGGGUCGGUUCUUGACU